GGAGGGGAUACAAUGGCGGUAGUUUCGUCUCAGUAAUGUGUAUAUCAGGGAUGGGGAAGAGUGUUUUGCCGUGGUAUCGUUUGAUCGCCAGUGUUCCUCAUGAUUUGUGAGCAAAUGAAUACUAGUUAUACUUUUUUGUGUUUUCUUUUUCGCUAGACACACGAAUGGGAAGGUUUAAAUCUAGUCUGGCUAGCUUUCUGGCUAGUCAUACAGCCUGAGACGUGAAUGUGUAUGUCUUCUAGGAUAGCUAGUCUUGCUAAAAGGAUACAUAGCCACCAGAGUUUGCACGGGUAAUUUAGUCAGUUGGGAAGCUAGUUUGUUAUUGUUGAUAAAUAUAUGAAGUCAUGAAUUAGCUAGCUAGCUGUCUAAGUGUGAAUCGUACUGUACUCAACAUUUGUUUGUUAGCAAACGUUAGCUAGCUAUCUAGCUAAAUUUACUUAAUACCAUGGCAAGUGUCCACGAAAGUUUGUAUUUUAAUCCGAUGAUGACUAACGGAGUAGUCCAUGCCAAUGUGUUUGGGAUAAAAGAUUGGGUGACCCCCUACAAAAUUUCUGUCCUGGUGUUACUGGACGAAAUGACCAUGUCGAAACGCAUGACACUUGUGGAGAGAAGACGUUUAAACAAACUCAUUUUGCCACUACAACAGGGUCCAGACCUGAGUCUCGGCCAGCUCUUGAAGACUGUGGAUGAGUGCUGCCCUAUGACGGCAUAUGCUGUAAAGCUCAGGCUGCACGUGAUGGCAGAUGGGGAGCUAAAGGACAUGGAGUCUUUCUUUGACACCCUUCCCAGUCCCUUCAGUGAUCUUGAGUCGGAGGCUUACAAAACCAGUGUGGUUGGUCUGUUUAUGAGGUACAUGCUCCUGGCCUACAACAAGCUCUCCUUCAGCCAGGUGUACAAGCUGUACACGUCCCUGCAGCGCUACUACCACAGCCACUACCUCGGGGCCCCCGACAGCAAGCCGGGCCCCCCCGCCGUGGCUGCGGAGGAAACGGACAUGGAGCUGACCAACACCGAGGACACCAUGGAGGGGAAGCUGGAGAAGGAGGAGCUGGACAGCCCACCGCUGCGCUUCUCCGAGCUCCUUGAUGAGGAUGCCCCAAGCAGAGGCCCCCUCUCUCAGAAGCAAGCGGAGUACUUUCUCGCACGACAGGCGUACCUUUUGAAGAACGACGAGAACAAAGCCCUGAAGCCGGCUGCGCUGCAGGAGGAACUGAACAACAUGCUGAAGUUUAACCCCGACUUCGCCGAAGCGCAUUACCUGAGCUACCUGAACAGCAUGCGGGUCCAGGACAUCUUCAUCUCCACGCACAGCCUGCUGCACUACUUCGACCGGCUCAUCCUGACGGGCGGCGAGGGGAAGAGCAACGGAGACGAGGGCUACGGGCGCAGCCUGCGCUACGCCGCCCUCAACCUGGCCGCCCUGCACUGCCGCUUCGGACACUAUCAGCAGGCUGGCCUGGCUCUGCAGGAGGCCAUCCGCAUCGCCCAGGAGUCCAACGACCACGUGUGUCUGCAGCACUGUCUGAGCUGGCUGUACAUGCUGGAGCAGAUGAAGGGAUCUGACAGCACAGUGUUGACUGAGGAUUCAGUGAAAAUGGCCGCCCACUUCUGUCUACCGUACUUAGCCUCUCUGGGGAUUCAGUCACUGGUCCAGCAGGGGGCGAUAGGGGGCAAAACGGCCAGUAAGCUGAUGGAUGCUCUGAAGGAUACAGACAUCCUGCACUGGAAGCACAGUCUGUCGGAGCUGAUCGACAUCAGCCUGGCCCAGACGACCUCCAUCUGGAGGAUGUAUGGCAAGAGCACCAUGGCCCAGCAGCAGGCUCAGCUGCUCCUCAACAUGAACAGCCUGGAGCCGGUCAACUUCGGGGUCCAGCAGAACAACACCGAGCCCUUCGCCGUGGCCCUGUGCCACCUGGCCGAGCUGCACGCCGAGCAGGGCCUGUAUGGUGCCGCCUCUGAGAUCCUGACCCACCUGAAGGAGCAGUUCCCCCCCCACACCCAGCACGCGAAGCUCUGGAUGCUCUGCGACCUGAAGAUCCAGUUCGACAGAGCCAUGAACGACGGGAAGUACCACCUGGCUGAGCCCCACGUCACAGCCAUCGCCGCCCUGAACCAGACGGAGGGCUUGUACAGGAAGGCGCUGGUGCUGAAGGCGCAGAACCAGACCACGGAGGCGUACAAGAUCCUGCAGCAGCUGCAGCUGCAGUGUGAGAAGACCCGGUGCACGGAGACGAUCAUACGGGUGAUGCUGGCCACGGCGGAGCUGCACUGGGAGUCCUCCGGUUUCGCCACGGCUCUCCCCCUCCUCCUGCAGGCGCUGGCCCUGGCCCGGCAGCACCACCUGCAGGCCCUGGCCUCCGAGACCAUCCUGCACCUGGCCUUCUCCCAGAUGAUGCUUGGGAUCCCGGAGCAGGCUCUGAACAUCCUGCACGAGGCCAUGGAGUCGAUCCUGGCCCACGGCGCCGUUAUCGACAAGGGCCGCGCCCUGCUUCUGGUGGCCAAGUGUCAGAUCGCCAUGGCCGGGACCAGGCCUGGCGAGGAGAGGCGAGCAGGCCUGGAGAUGGCGGUCCAGACGCUGGAGGAGGCGGCGGCCUACUUCUCCAAACUGGACUGCAAGGAGCGCCUCCGGGACGUCCACUACCUGCAGGCCCGGCUGCACAACUCCCUGGGCCAGAUCCCGCAGCGCAACAAGUGCGCCAUGCUGUUCCGCCUGCUGGAUCAGGAGCUGCCCUCCUCCGGGGCCCCCCUCGUCACCCGACUCUGAGCGCCCUCUAAAGGAGCCUUGGAGAACUUCGCUUCCCCAGCAGGGCUACACAGGACACAUCUCCCAUCAGUCUGUCAGCAGAGGGAAAAUGACAUUUCUGUACUUUUUAUUACUUGGGUAUGUUUUGUUCCUGAAGCUCCAUCAUCCAAACGAUCUUUUUUUUUUUUUUGCAUUUAUAUUAUUUGCAUUGAAAAUGAUCAGUCAUCGUGGAUUUUGGAACAUUGUCAAUGCGUGUAGGAGAAACCCAGGAGAUGGUCAGAUCAGCUAAACCCAAAACUCACAAACUUGUUCAUUUUGGAUGGUUUGGAACGACCAUUAAAUGUUUUCAUGCAAGAUUUCACAUGGUUUUAGUUUCUGUGAUCCAGCACACCAUCUAGUGGCCAUCUUAAAAUGUGUCUUGAUAUUCACGGUUUUACCUGUGUCAUAUGGCCACUAGAUGGGGCCCAGACCUUAAGAUCUGCAAAAAUUUGCAAAUCCUGUCAGCAGAGCAGUGAUAG